AUGAAAAUAGCAGGUGUCUUUCUGCUCCUGUCUCUGACCCUUCUCUGCUUUUUCUCAGGUGCCUUUGGUCAAGGAGAAAAGAUUAAUUGUGGUGAGUUCCGUAACCCCAAUAUCUUCUGUACUCGGGAAUCCGACCCACUCUGUGGCUCUGAUGGUCUCACCUAUGGAAAUAAAUGUGCCUUCUGCAAGGCAUUGGCGAAAAGUUCUGGGAAGAUCAACCUAAAGCAUCGUGGGAAAUGCUGA